GUUAUCUGAUAUUGAUACUUUCAUAAUCAAGUCAAGUGAAUUAGAGAGUCUAUCCUUGAUCGGUAUUUAUCAAUCGUGUGAGUUUGUGGUCUCCGCACCAAAGCUUUCAUUGAUGGUUACUGCUUCUUUGUGUGCAGAAACGCAAGUAGGAGAUUUCUCCUCUUUGUUUGACGUUCCUUCUUCUCCCCCGCAUGACACAGCUGCGGAUGCGGGGGUUAAUAAAGAAUUUACCGGUCCUUUUGUCAAGGUGGCGAGUGAGCCCUCUGUGGGGGUAGAGGAUACUGGGAGGAAAGGCGUGGCUCAUAUCUUUGACACGGUUGAUUCCUCCGACAACCUUAUCUCCCCGAACGAGACCGAUGACCUGAACCUAAAUUUUUCGGAUGUUGAUAAGCAAAAGACUGAUGCUGAAAAGCACAAGACUCCUGUUGCCGAGAAGGCUUCUGGUUCCGCUUCUGGGGGUGCGGGUUUUGAAGGGCCUCCGAUUCAGCCUGGAGAGUCUGAACUGGAGUACUACUACCGCACCUAUACGCAGGAUCGGAGUACGAGCUACCACCGACCCCCUGGAGUGUUAUGCAGGGGGAUGACAUUUCAAGUGAUCCUUCUGCUUGCAAGGAGAUUUUGGGUGGCCUGGGCACUCCGUUUGAAGUUGGCCGUGCCCGUGUUGUGCCCCGUAAGCUCCGUGUCAACCAACUCUCUUCCAUGCUUGUGGGGAGUUCCAUAGUGGCGAAUGCCAUUAUGGAAGACUACAAGGUGCUGGGACGCAAGGAGGAGGAAACUGCUCACUUGCGGGUUGAGGCAGAAGAGUUGGUGAAGGCUGCUCGUGAGGGUGCAAAGCGACUGGAGAGGGAGAAGGCUGCCUUUGAAAAGCAUAAGCAAACUGAAGAGUGGGCUGCCACUGCUGAGCUUAAACAGGUUCGUACUCUUGCCAAGUUGCUUUCUGAUGAGCGCAAGAGUUGGAAAGAAACCCUUUCUAAUGAGCGCAAGACAUGGAAAGAAUCUUGGGCCAAACAGAAUAAAAACCUGUUUCGUGUUCGUCAGGAGUUGGCCAAUGUCAAGGCAGCAAAUGCUGCGUUGGUUAAAGAGAAGGCCGCGGCUGAGGCGGCCGUUGGUAAGGCCAGGGAGGCGGAGGCCCGGGUUGCAAAGGCUCUUGAAGAGGCUAAGGAGAUGGGGGCCCGUGCUGCCAAGGCCCUUGAAGAAGCAAAUGCUGAUCGCUCCCUUUUAAACACAACCGUUGGAAGCCUCCAGGCUGAAGUGCAGACUCGCGAAGCCAUGCUUGCGGAGGUUACUGCCCGCGCGACUGAGGCUGAAAGGCAGGCUAGCGAGGCUGCUGAGGCUAGAGAUAGCCUUACUUCUUCAUUCAAUCAGCUUGAAACCGACCGUGAGUGGAUGCGGUGUCACGGUAUUGGGCAUGUAAGUAUCUGA